AUGUCUAAUAUUGAAAGGGAACCAAGUCUUUUUGAGAGUCCAACCCCAGUCGAAGGGGGUGCUAAUAACCAAGAUACUUCUAACCAAGAGGUUCAAAGUCCAACUAGUUCUCAAACACCAGCUGGUUCAAUUUCGGAGUUGAAAAAAGAUGAAAACGGAGUCAUGGAUCCUGAAGAAAUCAAACAAAAUAUGCCUUCUUUACCAGAAAAAUCAUUCAAAGAUUACAUAUCUAUCUGUAUUUUCUGUUUAUUAGUUGCCUUUGGAGGAUUCGUCUUUGGAUUCGAUACUGGUACUAUUUCAGGGUUUGUCAACAUGUCAGAUUUCAAACAAAGAUUCGGUAUGGUAAAUGCCGAUGGUGAACAUUAUUUAUCUAACGUCAGAACUGGUGUUAUGGUUUCCUUAUUUAAUGUUGGUUGUGCUGUUGGUGGUAUUGUUUUAUCCAAAGUUGGUGAUAUUUAUGGUAGAAGACUUGGUCUUAUGUUUUCAAUGAUAAUUUAUGUUGUUGGAGUUAUUGUUCAAAUCUCAGCUCAACACGCUUGGUAUCAAAUUGUUAUCGGAAGAGUCAUUACUGGUUUAGCUGUUGGUUGUGUUACUGUUAUUUCACCAUUAUUCAUUGGUGAAAGUGCACCAAAAAUGUUAAGAGGUACAUUAGUCUGUUGUUUCCAAUUAUUUAUUACUUUCGGUAUUUUCAUUGGUUAUUGUACUACUUAUGGUACAAAAACCUACAGUGAUUCAAGACAAUGGAGGAUUCCUUUAGGGUUAUGUUUCCUUUGGGCUAUUUUAUUAUCUGCUGGUAUGAUUUCAAUGCCAGAAUCCCCAAGAUAUUUAAUCGAAAAGGGUAAAAUCGAAGAAGCAAGAUAUUCUAUUGCUAGAUCCAACAAAGUUGAUAUUGAACAUGAAGCUGUUUAUACUGAAAUUCAAUUAAUUCAAGCUGGUAUUGACAGAGAAAGAUUAGCUGGUUCAGCUUCUUGGGGAGAACUUGUUACCGGAAAACCAAAAAUCUUGAGUAGAGUUAUUGUUGGUAUGUUCUUACAAGCUUUACAACAAUUGACUGGUAACAAUUACUUCUUUUAUUAUGGUACCACUAUUUUCCAAGCUGUUGGUUUGAAAGAUUCUUUCCAAACCUCCAUUAUCUUAGGUAUUGUUAACUUCAUGAGUACUUUCGUCGGUAUCUACGCUAUCGAAAGAAUGGGUAGAAGAUUAUGUUUAUUAGUAGGUUCUGCUACUAUGGUAGUUGCUUUCAUUAUCUAUUCAGUUUUAGGUUCAGUGAAUUUAUACCAAAAUGGAUAUGAUGGACCAACUGAUAAACCAACAGGAAAUGCCAUGAUCUUCAUCACCUGUCUUUUCAUUUUCUUCUUUGCUUCAACCUGGGCUGGAGGUGUUUAUUCAAUUGUUUCCGAGAUUUAUCCUUUAAGAAUCAGAUCCAAAGCCAUGGCUGUUGCAACAGCUGCUAACUGGAUUUGGGGUUUCUUAAUUUCAUUUUUCAGUCCUUUCAUCACUUCAGCCAUUCAUUUCUAUUAUGGUUUCGUUUUCACUGGAUGUUUAAUAUUUUCCUUCUUCUUCGUGUAUUUCUUUGUUUAUGAAACCAAAGGAUUGAGUUUAGAAGAAGUUGAUGAAUUAUAUUCAAGUGAUGUUAAACCAUGGCAAUCAGGUGAUUGGGUUCCCCCAUCUCAAGAAUACAUGGCAACUACAACAGGUUAUGCUGCCGAAAUGAAAGGUGAAGUUUCCCACAAAGCUUAA